CAAGAAACGGCUUCUUUGAACACGAGUCAUCCUUGACCUUCUAGGGCUAUCUGAUCCGGGCAGACUCCUAUCAUUGUCUUGAAAUCAAUCUGAUCAUGUCCUAUGAAUGGAUUCUUCCUGAAGGGAUCCGCUCCAAUACAUUGCGAGUCAACGACCUCACCGUGCACCUACUCGAGGCAGGCGAUCCGCAGAACCCACUUCUUGUCCUCCUUCACGGCUUCCCAGAGCUCUCCUAUUCAUGGCGCAAAAUCAUACUCCCUCUCGCAAUAGCAGGUUAUCAUGUAAUCGCUCCAGAUCGGCGAGGUUUUGGGCGUACUAUCAUGCUCGAUCGUCUUGACCCCUCGACGUCAAUCGAGUACGACGAGGACAUCCAGCCAUUCCGAUCAUUCAAUCUAGCCACCGAUAUCGUCGCCCUCGUAUUUGCAUUGGGAUUCACCAAGGUACAUGCUGUUAUAGGGCACGAUUCCGGGUCUCCCGUCGCGGCGUAUUGCGCAUUGAUCCGUCCCGACAUGUUCCAGCGUGUCGUUAUGAUGAGCUCUCCCUUCGCUGGACCUCCGUCCUUCCCGAUUGGCGGUAGCACAUCCGCGAACCCUAGCAUUGCAUCGCUAUUCGCUCAUAUGGUUGAAGCCCUGGCACAGUUGGAUCCCCCUAGAAAACACUACGUCGCAUAUUACUCUUCCCCAGAUGCCAAUCGCGACAUGACCUCGAGUGAUCUCAAACACUUCUUCCGAGCAUAUUAUCAUAUGAAGAGCGCAGACUGGGUGCCGAACGACCCCCAUCCACUUCCAGCACUGUCGGCAGCAUCCUUUGCGCUUUUGCCAGAAUAUUAUGUCAUGCGUCUGGAGUGCACGAUGCCAGAAUCUGUUCUUCCCACCUCCCCGUCGCCUGACGAGAUCCAGUCUAACCGAUGGCUGUCAGACUCUGAGAUCGAUGUCUAUGUCGCUGAGUAUGGGCGAACAGGGUUUCAAGGCGGGCUGAAUUCAUAUCGGUGUGGGCUCGAUGUGAGCGGACGGUCGACAAGCGAUCUGCUGAUCCUCUCGGGAAAGAAGGUGGAUGUUCCCGCCAUGUACAUCGCGGGGAAGAAGGAUUGGGGCACAUAUCAAUUUCCGGGCGCGGUGGAACAGAUGAAGAAUGUCUGUGUGAGGAUGGGGGACAGAGUAAGAUUAGUUGAUGGCGCGGGACAUUGGGUCCAGCAAGAGAAACCAGACGACGUUGUUAAGCUUCUCCUCGAUUUCUUUGAAGAGACGAAGUAGGUAAGUGAUCUUCGUAGGUUCACCGCUUACCUCCGUUUCUUCCAACUCAUUAUUCAAGCUGCUCGCUACUUAUAGUUUUGUGUGAUCCUUGUGUAACUCCUACUGGUUGUUCAAAGAAAUCGAUCCGAGUGUUUUUCCGACGUU